UCUGUAACGCUCGCUUCAGAAGAAUAAGAGAAGUAAAAACCCCACUUCAGGCUCUUCUUCUCCUUGUUUUUUCGCUUUCUUAAAGCAAAAUUUAAACCUUUCUCCUGUUUUUCUCCUUCUGGGUUAUAUAGAUUUUGUUGUUUCAUAAAGAAUUAAUCAAAUUAAAGAGGAAGAAAGAAGCGAAGUUAUGCCUACUGUUAACGGGCACCAAAGCAACACUCCGGCGGCCGCUCCCGCCACUGCCACCGCUACUGAGCAAUCUGUUAACCCAGUCAAGACCGUUGACAAUCCAUCUGUGCUAAAAAGGUUGCAGACGGAACUGAUGGCCUUAAUGAUGAGUGGAGAUUCAGGGAUAUCUGCAUUCCCUGAGGAGGACAACAUAUUCUCCUGGAAAGGUACAAUCCAUGGAAGCAAAGACACGGUUUUUGAAGGAACAGAGUACAAGCUAUCCCUUUCUUUCCCUUUUGACUAUCCAUUCAAGCCUCCAAAGGUGAAGUUCGAAACCAUUUGCUUUCAUCCCAAUGUUGAUCUCUUUGGCAAUAUUUGCCUGGACAUUCUUCAGGAUAAAUGGUCUUCAGCUUAUGAUGUGAGAACAAUUCUGAUAUCAAUCCAGAGCUUGCUUGGAGAACCAAACAUCAGUUCCCCUCUAAACAGUCAAGCAGCACAGCUAUGGAGCAAUCAAGCAGAAUAUAGGAAGAUGGUUGAGAAAUUUUACAAGCCUCCAAGUGCAUGAUUUGUGAAGAGAUGGUCAAUAGUGGGAAGUGAAGUCUGAUUGAUAUAAAAGAAACUCCCUUCUGUUUUCUUGAAGUAGGGAGAGAAUCAAGAUUCAAAAAUGUGUGUUUGUUGAGUGUGGAUUUGUUGUUAUUCUUUGAGAAGUGUUGCUUGUGUCUCUCUUUACACAUUAAAGGGGCCUUUAUCAAUGAAUACAUUUUUUGUUUUUUAGUGGAAAUGAAUUGAAUUGAUGCUCUUUUAAAUCUCAAAAUUAUCGCUUUAAGCAGAGUUACUUUCACCUUCUGAAAGUUAUUUGGCAAAAAGGAACUUGUUUUGAGCAUCAUAGACGAAAUUCUCAAAGUGAUUCGGAAUUUACAAUAAAUAGAGUCAUAUAUGUGUAAUCUUUUUUAGUUUCUGAUGAUAAGUGUUGUUGUUCACAAGAGUGUCCAAUAUUUAGAUUCACUAGCAAUUUUCAAAAGCUUAUUAUGUUAUAUAAUCAAAUCUUGUUAUUAUUAUUUUUUUGGUAAUUAGAAACUUUGUCCGUAUUUGUUGAAUGCGUAAAUCCAGAAUACAAUGAUUGGAUCCAUACUUACUGCAUUAG